AUGUCGCCCUCAUCACCGGCGAUCCUUCCCAUCACAAACCCAAAAACCAUUUCCACCGGUGAAUCCCAUUCACCUGCCGCCGCCCCUGACUUCCGUCCGUUCAUCAACCACAUAAUAGAAACCGUCCGCUCCGGCCUCUCCCAACACCGCCCUUGGUCGGAACUACUUUCAGACCGUUCCACAUUCUCUAAGCCUGAAUCACUAACGGAUGCAGCAACGCGUAUCCAAAAGAACUAUUCCUACUUCCAUUUCAACUACCUCACCGUAGUCCUUGCCUUCAUUGGUGUUUCUAUCUUUACAAACCCUUUUUCUCUGGUAAUACUCUUUGGUCUCUCAGCCGCGUGGCUAUUUUUGUACCUCUUCCGUCCGUCUGAUAUGCCGUUGGUGAUCUUCGAUCGUACAUUUUCAGAGCGUGAAACUCUCGGGUUGUUGAUUGUUUUUAGCAUUGUUGGGAUCUUUUUUACGAUCCUUGGAUUUGUUUUGAUUUCGGCACUCCUCGGAAUGGCAAUUGUUUCUGCUCAUGGGGCGUUUAGGACUCCGGUGGAUCUGUUUCUGGAAGAACAUGAGGCUGCCAUAGGGCGGAUGUAG